AUGGAAGGUUUGUGUGGUGGUCUCAGCCUCCUCUUCAGCCGCAACAAGGCAGAAGUGGAGGGUGAUAAUUUUGAGCUUCAAGAAGAGGAUGUAUGGUAUAACUAUACACCUAAAGAGGAACAAGAUUCAGGCUCAAACUCCAACCCAAAAAAGAAUCUGAACUUCUCUUUUGAUUUGGUCUUGGCAACUCCACUUGUAUGGAGCAUUCCUAUAGUCCCAAGAAUCACCCUGAAGGCAAAUAACGGUGGUGGCGAUGGCCAUGCCGGUGGCCGCCAUGAGCUGACACCCACCAAGGUGGUUGCACCCCGCACUUUAGCCCCUAUUCCUAUUCCUAUUCCAGAUUGUUCUAAGAAUUAUCCGUUAAAUCCCAACAAGGAAUUGUGGGAAGCUACAUGUGAUAGAGCUUUUAUUGCCAGCAAAAAACAAGUUGGAUUUUCAGAUUUUAUUGAACCUGAUGAUGAUGGUGGUGUGCUUAUCCCACCCCAUAUAAUUUUGGCAAGGAGGGCAGCACUGAAUCAGUGGAUUUCUCACUCCAUAUUGGAAGGAAUUGGAAGGACUCUCAAGGGAAGAGAUCUCACUAAUACGAGGAAUUUCGUUUUGAAAUUAACCGGCUUCAUUGAAACUUAA